AUGCACACUCGGGAGAGCUCGACACCAUCUGAAUUCUCGCUCCUCUCCUCACUAGACAAUCUCACCUUAUCUCCCAAUACCGAAUCGACCGACGACUCAUCAUCUUCACUGCGGCCGCCCAAUACCCUUCGCCUUCCAUUCCCUGCUGGACCCCGCUUCAACCCCUCAUCCGUCGAGCUCAGCCAUGUCUCCGGCUCAACCGGUUCAAGAGUCCCCUCUGGCUCUACCAGUCAAUCUGGCAAUCGAACAGAAUCAGAGUAUGAAAUCAUCCUGCUUCCCAGUCCUGAUCAGAGAAAGAGAACUGUGCCGGCGCCGGAUCGACAGGCUACUGCCAAGACACCCACCAAGUCGAAGCCCAAGGGCGAGGGCAAGGUAAAAGGCAAGGCUAAGAGCGGAGGCAAGAAAGAUGAGGAUAUCAUAGCUGUUGGGAAUGAGCUUGAUCCCGACGCGACCCCUCGAAAACCAAAUACGAGCAAAGGGAAAGGCACACGAGCGACGAAAAUAUCUACUUCUCUCAAGGCUGAGGCCAAAUCAAAACAGCCAAAGGCCGAUGUCAAAGAUGAUCCUUUCGACUCUUCUCCCGUCGAAGUCUCUGCUCCAGUGUCGACAGACUCUACCAAGACACACAGGAAGACUCGACGAGGAGGCAAGCGGAACAGAGCGAGGGUCGAACGAGCACAAGUGAGGAGCAUUCUCCAACCGCUGGACAAUGACUCGACACCGACGUCUUCUCCUCAACUCGAGCCUGUCCGGCCAUCUCUCAUCUCCGGAUUCAAAAAGGCAUUGUCGUCCUCUUCUGCAUCCCACGAUGUGGCUAGUGAUAUCACUUCUACACCGGACGACGAGGAGGAUUCUGAAGACGGCGCGAGUCGUUUUUUGGAUGAAGGCGAAUUGGAAGGCAUGGGACGAGGGAACAGUCCAGCGGUUACGCCUGUCAAACGGAACCCACGGGUCCUGAGCAGUGUCAUGAGCACUGAUGAUGCAAAAUCAUCGAUCGACAGUUUUCUGUCUGGCGACCCCGUGUUUAUGGCGGACAAGGCCAACAAGCUGCGAUUCUGGCAAGCGUUGUGUGUCGAGCUUGGGCUCGUCGAAGUACCUACCGAUCUCCCUGAUCUCCCCGUAAUCCCACCGUCCGAGACGAGCACGUUCCCUGAACCGAAGCACAUUGUUCCAACGUUCGACUUACCGUCGAGUCUCAAUCAAGCGAGGACGAUCCUCAAGGGCAACGCUCAUGUCAACCUCGCGGAUUACCUCGAGACGCGAAAGACUGCUGCACCACCAUACAAGCAUCUUCUCUACCCCAGCGAGAGGAGUAUGAAGCGAUACACAUCGAAGCAAAAGAGGUUUGUACCUCUUCCCAGUGUCAAGGAGGAGUGGCUCGAACCUUUACUCAAGGAUUUCGGAUUCAAGCACAGGCGAGAGCUGAGUGUGACAAAGACGGAGCCCAAACCCGCCUACUACAAGUUACAAUUUGGGGACGAUGUCACUGGAUUCUCCUACUAUGUCCGUACGCUGUCCGUCAUGAUCGGUAGAGGAUGGCCAUUGAUGUUCUCGCGUCUCGUACAGGACAAGGACAAGGAUGGAGCGAAGGGUGAGGAAGGAUGUGUAGAGGCAGGAGAGGGAGUCCCGGUGGUACAGGUGGAGGAAAAGGCGGCAGCAGACUCGGUCAAAGAGGAGGUCGCAGAGGAUGGUCAUGAGCUCGAGAGACAGGCGGAACAAGGAAAGGAUGAGCAGCCAGAACCUCAGCUCGCGAAUGACGCGAGCGACAUUCCAGCGAUCGAUGUCUCGGAACCUGUCGCGGAAGUCAUGGUCCCCGAAUCUGGUACACUUGAAUCUAACGAUAUCAAGGAGGGGUCUGAGAGCUCUGCCAGUGAGCUGGCCAAGAUCGAAGCGGACGUGACCAUGUUGGAGCCUUUGCCGGAACCUUCAACGAUUGACGCAGAUCCGCGGACUGAAGAUGCCCUUGCUCCUGCCGACGCCGCUCUGAUGUCUGGCGAUGAGGCUGUCAAGCUGGAACCUGGCCUGUUUGAAGAUCUCGGACCGCCACCUCCACCACCUCCGCCGCCCCCCUCCAAGUCGAAAGAAUCACUCUCUCAUGUGGAUGUAGAUCUCGGAUUGCUGAAGUCUGUCUCGCGUAAUCAUGCCAAGAUCGCGUAUUGGGCAGGUUUGGGUUGCUUCUGUCUUGAGAUCUUGGGUCGGAACGGCGCUUGGGUCGAUGACAGAUACUAUGUCAAGGGAUCAACUGUUCCUCUGGCACAAGCGUCUCAAAUCCAGAUUGCCACUCGUAUCUUCUCCUUCAUCCUCCCGCCAUCUGCUCUCGCUUCUCCUUCCCCUUCGCCAUAUGGAUUUGAUGCCACACCGAGAGAUACAGAGCAUGCGUUGGAAGAUGUUCCGUACCCAUACAAUCUUCCGCCUGGGCAAGUCGGUUACGCAGAGUUCUAUGGUGAACCCGGACCUGGGCCGUCAUCCCAGAUGAACAUGGCGGCUCAGAUACCUCCCACAUUCAACGCCUUUGCCGCUCCGGACGGCUAUGGUCUGGGUAUAGGCAUCAGCAACGGCGACGAUUGGGAUGACAGUUGGGAUUCGGACGAGGAUGCAGAUUCGUGGGAUGAAGAGAGUCGUCAGUCUCGCGAGAGGAGACGGCGGAAGAAGCAACAAGAGGCACAUGAAGAGGAGAACGAUGAAGAUGACGACGAUGAAGAAGAUGAGCAAGAAGAAGAAGAAGAAGACGACGAUGAUGAUGGGGAGGAUGAGGGCGAGGAGGAGGCAGAAGGCGAGGAUGAGGGAGGGGACGACGGCGGGGAGAACAGAAUUGAGAAGAGCGCGAAGCCUGCCAAAAGGCCAGUUGGAAGACCGAAAAAGGUCAAGUCAGACAAGGCCCCCGGCGGCGCCGCUGCUGCUGCUGCAGCUACAGAGGAAGACGAGACGGAUGGCAAGGCUGGGAAAGGGGGCAAAGCGAGCAAGAAGCCAGUCAAAGCCAAAGCAGCGCCUGAUGACGAAGACGUUGAAGCGGCAUCGGAGACUGGUGACCCAUCACCCGCAAAGAGCAAGAAGAAGAAAGGCGGCAAGGCCAAAACGGAGGAUGAGUCUGGUCCUACAAAGAAGAAGGAACAGGGCAAGAAGAAACGUGCAUCGAUCGCUGAAGCUUCAGCGACUCCUGCCGAGCCUCCUGCGCCCGUUGAGGGCGAGACAAAGCCUGAAGUCCCUGCUGGUCCGACAACAUUGGCAGCUGCCGAGGCCGCUGUCGUACCCACAUCUACCGCCACUGCAGCUCAAAACAAGAUUCAAGCUGCUGCUGGUGCUGCCUCAGCGACUUCUGCCGAGAUACCAAGACCGUUCUUCUGUACCGAAUUGAAUGAGACACCCGGUCGACCCGGACACAUCAUCGUCAAUGUGCCCAUCCCCCCUUCUGGUGCUGGACCUCGACCUCCACCCGGGCCCUUAAUUGGACUGGAUGGAAAACCAUUCAUUGGUCCACCGCCACUCAAGCCUACAGCGACAUUCGCAACGAUCAUUCAUCGCGCGCUUCUCUACCUCCCUCGAGGUCGAGGUACCUUGGGAGAGGUAUGUAAUUGGGUAGCCGGCGAAUGGGAGUGGUUCAGACUCAACGUAGAUGCGGGAUGGCAAAACUCGAUUCGACACAAUCUAUCACUCAACAAGGCUUUCCUCAAAGUGCCUCGUAUACCUGAGGACGAUCCAGAAUCCAAAGGAUCAGUGUGGAUCAUUGAUCCACACGAGGGGCCGGCUUUCGAAGAGAAACAACGACGAGACGCCAUGAAGAACGUGGGCAAGGACAAGAAUCCGGAUCUGAAGCGUGAGAGGGAUAGGAUAAAGACGGAAGAGCGCGCCAGGAAGCAGAGGGAUCUAGCGGUGGAAGCUGCUCAGGCUAGAGCCGCGGCUGUCGCUCACGCCAAUGCUCAACGAGCCAAGGCGCAGGCUCAAGGUCAGGCUGCCAAACCAGCGUCCGCGGUGACGGCUGCCGCGGCGGCCACCACUUCGGGCAACACGGGCGGCAGUGCGGCCUCCACUCCGACAGCUUCAACAAGCAACGCCACUUCAAACGCUGCUCAGCGUCCUGUUCCCCGCCCCGCUCAACCCGCUCAACCUGUUCAAGCUCGCGCUCAUGCAGCCAAGCCGAAUGGUGCCCCUUCUUCCAAGGGUCAAUUGCCACCCAAGACCAAAGUCGCUGUUUCGAUCCAGGCUCUGACACCUGCCAUCCGGGCCAAGUCUGUCAUCGACACCACUGAUGCCGCUGGCAACCUCUUGCCGUUCGCCUGCGAUGGCGUAACGUUGGUCUUGGAUCCAGGGACGUUUGGUCAUCUUACCAGCGACAUCAUUGACAAGUUGACAUUGUUGGGUGCGACUGCAGCUGUGGACGUCUUGUCCGCCUGGGUCAUGAACAGGAAGAAGAAUCAAGCUGCUCGAGCGGCAGCUCAACAGGCUAACAAGGCGAAUUUGAAUGCGAGCACGACCACGGCUACCACUGGCAAGGGGGCUCUGACGGCGGCUGCUAAAACCGGAACGACGCCUGCCAAUGGUCACCGUCCCGGAUCGACUGCCUCUUCUGCAUCUUCGGCGGCACCUUUACAGCCGAAAGAAGGCCCGAAAAAGGUGAUUCCUGGUCCAACCAAGCCUCUUCCUGGCCCUGCACCUCCAGGUGCGAGUCUGACCAAAGUCAUCAGUAUGAUCGCCGAAGUCGCCAACGCCAAGGGAGAUGUCAACACUGUCGGACCGAACGCCGGGGCGCUUCUGCGAUACAUUCGAGUGGUAGGGGUGGACAUUGACCUCAAAGUUGCGGAAAAAAUCUGGGCGACGGGAGAAGUACCUCCUCUUCCGCCAAAGAAACCGCCUGGUGUUGCAGGUGCAGCAGGUACGACGGCGAGACCUGGGGCAGGUGGGAAUGGAGGUAAACCUGGAAUGUCUAGUACGACGACGACGACGACAACCAGUGCAGGAGCGAAUGCAAGUGCUGCUAGCUCUGCUGCGACUGGUGGAAGUACUGGGGCUGCCGGCGUCGCGAUCAAACGGAAAGCAGAUGAUGUCACAGAGGACACGAGUAAGAAGCAAAAGGUGGACGCGAAGUGA